CCAGCCUCAUUUCUUCACUUGCCAGAGGAGGACAGUAUCACUGUCCUGAUGUGUGUAAAGCUGAGCACACAGCUCUUGGCAUUCCCUAGAGGCUCAGAGUUCCCUGCUGUCCUCCCUACCACUUUGGCAUCCAGAGUCACCUCUGGGUGGACCUGGAGCUCCAAGACUUCACGCUAGGUGGCCCAGGAUGAGACAUUGUGUUAAGUAACAGGCGGUUGGGUUAUUUGGGGGUUUUUUUUCUGGCAGAAUUGCCAGGUACUUGCCCGGGAGGAGAUGGGUGUGUCUGUCUGAUUUCUGUUUACAAAUUCGGCCCCUCCCCCAACAGUGUCACCGAUGGGGCAGGGGAUCUGUAGAAGCAAGACUGCGGGACCCUUUGUAACCACAGGCCGAACAGACCUGCCUCUCGGGUGCUACCUCCUGCCAGUACCAUCUCCCCGUUUUGCCUCGAGUUGGAAGGAAUCUGAACAGCUGAGGUUCCUUGUGUGUGCCUCAGGGAUUGUUACUCCCGUCUCUGCCUGAUGGUUAAUCCAGAGCUCCUGCCCACACAGAGGAUUGUAAUCGGUGCAGCAUGAGUUACAUGGGAGAAGUGGGAACUGCCACAGGAGGAUGGAGGAGUGGACGCCAAGCCAGCCUGGAGGCUGGAGCUGCUUCUCAGGGUGUCCAGAGUGUGGAGGUGCAGUUGGAGAACCAGAUGGUCCUGAUACAGACCACCCUGCCCAGCCAGGAGGUGCAGGCCCUUCUUGAAGGCACUGGGAGGCAGGCGGUACUCAAGGGCAUGGGCAGUGGCUUGUUCCAGAAUCUGGGGGCAGCAGUGGCCAUUCUCGGGGGGCCUGGCCCUGUGCAGGGAGUGGUGCACUUCCUGCAGCUGACCCCUGAGCGCUGCCUCAUCGAGGGGACCAUUGACGGCCUGCAGCCUGGGCUGCAUGGACUGCAUGUCCAUGAGUUCGGAGACCUCACAAGGAACUGCAACAGCUGUGGGGACCACUUUAACCCUGAUGGAAUGUCUCAUGGGGGUCCCCAGGACUCUGACCGGCACCGCGGAGACCUAGGGAACAUCCACGCUGAAGCUGAUGGCCGAGCCGUCUUCAGGAUAGAGGAUGAGAGGCUGAAGGUGUGUGAUGUGAUUGGCCGAAGCCUGGUCGUCGAUGAGGGAGAAGACGACCUGGGCCAGGGUGGCCAUCCCUUGUCCAAGAUCACAGGGAACUCAGGAGAGAGGUUGGCCUGUGGCAUCAUCGCACGCUCUGCUGGCCUUUUCCAGAACCCCAAGCAGAUCUGCUCCUGCGACGGGCUCACCAUCUGGGAGGAGCGAGGCCGGCCCAUCGCUGGCAACGGGCGAAAGCAGCCCGCCAGUCCCCCCGCCCACCUCUGAGCACAGCCUCAGCCUCGGGUCUGUCACUGUCCUCCCUGCUGAGCACUUCCAGAGGGAGGCCCUGCUCACCCAGUCCUAGGAGAACUAGUGUGUGGGGUGUGUCGGGGUUGCUGUGAUCUUCCCUUGGCAAAUUAAAGUUUUAUUUUCAUAUGGAA